AUGCAGAAAAAGGCCAAACAUGAAAGAUAUCCUAGCGCCCUGCGACUGAUUAAGUUUUAUGGAAACUGUCGAGAAUUUCCGGAUGCCAAUAAAUUUGCAGCGUUUUUCACCUUUACGUGGAUAUUUGGUGAAUUGCUGUGUAAAUCACUGGUGUAUGUACAGAAUCUAUCAUCAAUCUGCUCUGUUUUAACUCUGACAGUUAUGAGUUUAGAAAGAUACUAUGCCAUACUACAUCCAUUGAAAGCUAAGUAUGUAUGCAGUGUGCGAAAAGCUAAAAGAGCUAUCGUUAUGAUUUGGCUACUGUCGAUUAUUUUAGCUUUACCUAUUGCCUUUCUACAGAAUCAUAAAGAAGUUGGAGUGGUAAGAAAGGGGUAUUGGUGUAUUAAAGACUGGGAAGAUUUACUAUUUAGUAGAGUAUAUGAAGUUUAUAUGUUCUGUAUGAUGUUAGUUAUACCAGUCUCUAUUAUGAUGUUUGCCUAUUGUAAUAUUAGUUUAGAACUAUGGCACGUCUCCAAUCAAAGAGUUAUCAUGAAAAAUGGCAGGCAAUAUCUUAUGGCUUCCACUAAAUCCAGUCCAUUUCAUAUUGGAUCAGAUAAAAGUCCGGUGAUCAAAUCAAGUGGCAUAUUUAAGAUUUCAUCAGAGGACGACCAAACCAGAAAACAGGUGAUUAAGAUGUUAGUUUCAGUAAUAAUCAUCUUUAUAAUCUGCUGGGCGCCGAUAUUAACCACUAACCUUCUUACAGCCUUUAAUAUACUUCAUCAUUUAAACUAUGGUUACCUAAAACCAAUGAGAUUUUCUUUUUAUUUACUCUCAUAUCUCAACAGUUGUGUUAAUCCCAUCAUUUAUGGAUUUAUGUCGAAAAGUUUUCGUCAGACAUUUCUGCACGCGAUAUGCACGUGCAUUCGAGGAAAGGCGUAUUCAAGAAGAAUGUAUUUUCUGCGUCAAAACUCAUCGCAGACGAGAUCUACUCAUUAUAAUACUAGUAGUAGAAAUUGUGAUAUAGAAUUAAACAGAACUGUUUGUGAUCAUAAUUGUGCUUAUGGUUCCUGUGACAAUGUAUAA